CAGAAAUGAAAGCAGCACUAUCCACCCUGAUCACCUCCAGGAAUCUAAGCCCUCAUUCUUCUCCUUCUCCUUUCUCUCGCUCCAUUUGGCCUCUCCCAAAGUCCCUCCCCAUCUCACCCCCCAUCAUUUCCCUAUUACCCUCCAAGUCCCUCGCCACCACCACCAACUCCUCCCCUCUCCGCCGUGAUCACCGCAAGUCCCAGCCCGCCGAUUUCUCGUCAAUAAUGGCCUCCUCCUAUAAGCCCGAAGAAUCCAGGGUCCCACCUGCCCUCCCCUUACCCGCUCCUCCCGUCAACAAGUUCAAGAUCGGGAUGUGCCAGUUGUCGGUGACGGCGGAUAAGGGGAGGAACAUUGCUCAUGCUCGCAAGGCCAUCGAGCAGGCCGCCGCAAAGGGCGCUCAGCUCGUUCUCCUUCCUGAAAUAUGGAACGGGCCGUAUUCGAAUGACAGCUUCCCGGUGUUUGCUGAGGACAUUGAUGCUGGCGGUGAUGCAUCGCCUUCCACAGCAAUGCUUUCUGAAGUUGCUCGGCGUUUGAAGAUCACCAUUGUUGGUGGGUCGAUAACGGAGAGGUCUGGUGAUCAGCUGUACAAUACUUGUUGUGUGUUUGGUACUGAUGGGAAGCUGAAAGCUAAACAUAGGAAGAUACACCUCUUUAAUAUUGAUAUUCCUGGGGAGAUUACCUUUAUUGAAUCAAAGAUUCUUACAGCAGGGCAAACUCCUACCAUUGUGGACACAGAAGUUGGACGUAUCGGCAUAGGCAUUUGUCAUGACCUUAGGUUCCAGGAACUAGCCAUGAUCUAUGGAGCAAGAGGUGCUCACUUGAUAUGCUAUCCUGGGGCUUUUAACAUGACCACUGGAACAUUGCAUUGGGAAUUGUGUCAGAGAGCUAGGGCUACAGAUAACCAGGUACUUUAUCCAUGUAUAUAACUUGAAGCUCAUUCCAUGACAAAAGAAAAUGUUAUAAUCUACUACAUGACUAGGACCGUAGCAUGUCAAUGCAGUGUUAUUACAGUAUUACCUUGGUUGUCCACAGACAGAAAUGCACCUUCACCAUCACAUGUCCUACUAGGCUGGUGAAUGCUGUUUUUGAUGUGAAGUUAAUUGAUCAAAAUAAUAAACAUUAUUUCAAGCUUAUGUGAUUUGUACAAAGAAGUUUUUCAAGUACUAUUAGUUGCAUUUUUUGUGGGGUCCUUAUCUUUUUGGAGAACGCCUAAAAUUUUAUUCUUUUGUCUUUGUUGCUGCUACAAAUUUCUAUUAAAAACUGAUUAAGAUAAUUUAUUAAUUUAAAUUAUGUCAUAGUGAUUCUAAAAGGAGAAUGCAAAGUUCCAUGCAGUGAGUGAUACAUGUUUCGUAACAGUGAAACAGAAAUGUCCUUUUACAUUUCAAUUGAUCUGGGGGUUAGCGUUAUCUAAAUAGUAAACUAAUGUUCAAAGAAUGCUGUAAGCUGUAAACCAAAUAGAAAAUGUGUAUGCACCUCCUUAAGUUGAAUUUAGAUCAAUCACGAGUUGGGCUUUCCUCCACAUCAAAACUUCACCAUUUUGUCCAUUGAUGUU